CUGGGCUCCUGGGACCAUGAGUGGCCGGGCAGGGUCCGCGGCUCCUGCCCAGAACGGGUCCCCCGCGGCGGCCCAGGGGCAGUCCCCGUCGCGGUCCCCGACGCUCAGGCAGAGCUACGAUCUCGCCUGCAAGGUGAUGCUGCUCGGCGAUUCGGGCGUGGGGAAAACCUGCUUCCUGCUCCAGUUCAAAGACGGGGCCUUCCUCUCUGGGAACUUCAUAGCCACUGUCGGCAUAGACUUCCGGAAUAAAGUCGUGGCAGUGGACGGCGUGAAAGUAAAAUUGCAGAUCUGGGACACAGCGGGGCAGGAGCGAUUUCGUAGCGUGACUCACGCCUACUACAGAGAUGCCCAGGCUUUGCUCCUCUUUUAUGACAUCACCAGCAAAAUGUCCUUUGACAAUAUUCGGGCCUGGCUUAUAGAGAUACACGAAUAUGCCCAAAAGGAUGUGGUCAUUAUGCUGUUAGGCAAUAAGGCUGAUGUGAGCAGCGAGAGAGUCAUCAGGAUGGAGGAUGGAGAGUCACUAGCCCGGGAAUACGGAGUGCCUUUCAUGGAGACCAGCGCCAAGACGGGCAUGAACGUGGAGCUGGCAUUUCUGGCCAUUGCCAAAGAACUCAAGCAGCGAGCUGUGCAACAUCCAGACGAGCCCAGAUUCCAGAUUCAGGACUACAUACAGUCACAGAAGAAAAAAUCCAGCUGCUGUUCCUUCAUGUGAGAGAGAAGGAUGGCAGGGUAGGAAGGAGGACUCGGGGCACAGGGGCCUGGUAUAAUGCAAGAGCAAGGCGGGGCUGGAGAGGAAACUGGUCAGAUUCCUGUCCUCAGAAGAUGCUCUAAAAAUAUUUCUGGCCAUAAAUUACAAAUAGGAAAAAGGCAAACCUACCCUGAGAGGGGGCGGGAUGUGUGUGGACGUGCAUGAGUGUGGGCGGCUACAGGGAAGUUACAACAGAAGCCAAAUAAAGGCCAGUUCUGGGUUUCGCCUGACUAGCAAAUCUUACAAUGUGCGAGUCUGACCUUCGGGGAGUCACUCCUGGCGGUACAGCCAAAGCCCUGCCUCUCAGGAGUGGCUUGUGUCAGCCUCGCCUGCAUAGCCAGGACCCCAGUGAUCAGGACUUGGCUGGUUCGGCCUCCAAACAAGCCAGGGCCCAGAGUCUAACUGGACUGGGCCAAGACAAUGUUGGCUGCAAAUCCAGUGCCCCAUUUUCAGGAUGGGACCAAGUCAACCUCAGCAGCGUAGCCACGGCCCUGUAUCUAUCUGGAUUUGGCCAGGUCAGCACUGCUGCACAGGGUCCUGCACCUUUCCAGUCCAGAGUCGCCACCUUUCUGACCAGUUUCCAUGGGAUGUCUCUGCUCUGUAGUCUCACCGGGCUGAGGGGGCCAGGGCAGCGAACAGAGCAGGAAGAACCAUUUUUCACUCUCUUGCAUUAGCAGGUGAAGUUUUCCUGCAGUGAAUGAAAUCAGCAGGAGUGUUUGCUAAAGGAAGAGAAUGGGAGACCUUUUCCCUGUGACAUCUGGUCCCUCCCCAUUCCCCUCACCUCCCCCAGGCCCCUCUCGUGUGCCCACCUCCUCCUGCCGCUGAGCAUGUCCCAGGCAAAGGACUUGGGGUGCUCAGUGUUAUUACAGUGCCUGUUAUGUUGGAAGAAAGCUGCCGACCGCAGCGUUAGUGGAGAGAAAGGAGAUCACUAUCUAUUUUUCUGACUUUAAAAAGAAAUGUUUCAAAUCUGCUCUUAUUUAUAUUUAUCUCAGGCCAAACCUAUAUUUAAUCCUUUAUGAGAGACCAAGCCCAGCAUGCCACGGACGCGCUCUGGACCCCGCCCCGCCCCUGUUCUAAAGCAUUGGCACCCGCGCUGCUAAGGUGGGGGUGAGCAUGGAGCCAGCAUUGCCAGCCUGUUUGGAAAAAGGCUGUGGCCACUUGCUGUGAAAUCCACCCCCUGGCAGCCACCAGGACAGGGGAGGUCUUAUUCUCCCAGCUCAUGCCAUUGCACUCCCCUGGUCGCUCUCCUACAGAUGGCGCUAGGAGCUGCACCUCUUGCUGUUGAAAUAAUACUGCUAAAAAUUAAGGGCCUGAUCUAAAGCCUGCUGAUGCCUUUAAGAGUCUCCCCAUUGAUUUCACUGGCCUCUGGAUCAGGCCCUAAUUGCUGAACGACCUGGUGUUUCGUGCUCUCAAAGGCAACCCACUGCUGCCUCUCUCCAGGCAUAACCUUGAAGCUGUGACACAAAUUGGUCACAACUGCAGAACAGGAGGCUUUGCCCCUCUCUCCCCAUUGCACCCCCGUACGCCUGGCUACUGCAGCACAUGUGGUGCCUUUGAUUACGCAGCAUUCUGAAGGCCCUGGAGCUCACCAGGGAAACACAGGGCAAAUGAGUGAUAUGGGUCCUGCCUUAGGUUUGGUUUUCCUCAGGGGUGCUCAGGGAAUUGAUAACAGGGCACAGAGAUCUUUGACCUCUAGGCCACCAGCUCAGCUACAAUUUGAAUUCUAACUGAAGCCCAGGGAAAGAGUCUCUCUGGCUUGAGUGAGAGGCAGAUCCAGUCCAAAGUCAGCAGCGCUGAUCGUUACCACCAUCUUCUAGCUCUGGGGAGUGGCCUGUGUGAAAUGAGUCUCUGGCCGGUUCCUACGAGACGGGUGUGCACAGGACAGGAAUAACGCUUGCAUUUGGCACCGAGUUGUCAGCAGAGUGGCCAAGCUCCAAAUGGGCACGGAGAGCAAGCUCUCCUUUUACUCCCAGGCAUAUUGAUGGGAGAUAGUGGGAGAAGGCUCCUCCCUACCGCCCAUACAUUAGCUCUUUUGUCAGUAGCUAGAGACCCUCCGUCUGCCAAGCUCCCAAGCCAGCACUUCAACAGCUAUUCUUUUUUAGAGUUUAGAUUUCCUGACUGUGGCCCAUGUGUGUCACCUUUCCCAUUUGUCCGGUUUUCAUUUUCCUUUCUCUAGUGAAAGUUGCAAACCCCUGGUGAUUCCCGUGGCCCCAUUCAGCAAGGCACUGAAGCACAUGCUUUAUGUGAGUCCCAUUGACUUUGCUGAAUUGGGGCCCUGAGAGUGACUGUGCAUUACUCUCUCUAGGUACCUGUCUCGUCUGUGUGUGCAGCAUCUGCCUCGUGCCUGUGGUAUAUAAGGCUAUGGAAUAAUUACCCAUUAGAGUUACUGGGCCAAUAUUUCUUUUGUCCAUAUGCUUAAAAACACCAAAAAGGCCCUGUCCCUCCAGGAACUGGAACUUUUAAGGAAAGUCAAUUUAUUUGACCCCCUAACAGCAAAAGCUAUGUCUACACUACAGACUUCUGCCAGCAUAGAAAUAUUGGGAAGAGAUGUGAUCCCUGACCAGCAUAGCUGUGCUGGCCAAGGUCUAUAGUGUAGACGCAAUGAUACCAGCAAAACUGUGCUGUUACCAGUGUAGCUUGUUUC